AGACAUACAUAUAUAUUAUUUUAAUGUCGACGGCACCUCCAACUAUACCACUUGGCUCAAUUCCUCAAAGUAUUCGUUCUGUUGCGCAUUAUGUUAAAAUAGCAAAUGAACAUGCGGAUCGUGACAUUGUUGUCUACUAUUGGUGUCUCUUCAAGGCGGUCGAAGAUGCUAUGGCCACAGAUAGCUCUUCACCUGAAGCAAAAAAUUUCCUGACAGUUGCUAUGAACAUUCUCGAGCAGGAUAAUGAGGCUAUUUGGCUCGAUGUUGUUGCUCAAUCACACAUUGAAGACCAGGCUCAACGUUUAUUCACAUAUGCAAAUUCUCAGGAUGAUUCUGGCCAAUUCAACCAGAAAAUGAUGAAAGCAUUUUAUACUUGCGGGUAUUUGUUUGAUUCAGCAAGAAAAUAUUCCAAAUGGAGAGCCACCUAUAUUUUUGGUUGUUUGAAAAGAGGUGAACAACCAAUAUCUGGAAAACUAAUGGCUGGAAAAGAUGGAGACGACUCCAACGAGUUGAACGCUUUGAGUGCCGAAUUCAAUGCUUCAGCUAAUAUUAGCAGUGGGCCACCUGCUCCUAAAUAUCCAACGGACUUUUCUUCUCACUCUCCUCAACCCUAUGCUGGUGGUGGAGCUCCGCAACAACAUUAUUCACCAAAACCAGGUCUCCAACCAGUAGUUGGACCUUUUCACCAACAGCCCCGAGAUGACUUUAAUACAUAUAAUAAUUUGCCGGGAGGUCAGCAAGGUCAACAACCACCAACAAAGCCUUCUCCUGCACAACGUGGACAGCAGCAACAAUUUCAAAGACCUUCUCCCCAACAAACGCCACAACCUGGAAUUGGCCAAAAUAGUCCGACACCUAGUUAUCAGUCUGCAGCGCCUGAUCUAAAACUUGAAGAUUACUUGGAGGCCAAAAAAUAUACAAAGUUUGCAUCAAGCGCUUUAGACUACGAAGAUCCUAAAACUGCUAUUGAUUUUCUAUUAAAAGCAGUCGCAGUACUGCAGAAAAAAGAUGGUGGAGGAAGUAGCGGAGGACUUCUUUGA